AUGGCUCCUCUUCCUGAAGCAACCGUGGUUGACGACCUCUUGGCAGCUUCGACCGCCUCCAGCAUCAUUCCUGAGAUGGGCGCAAAGGAAGCCCAGCUGACGUCUAAUCAAGAAGAGCCUGCAGACGUCAAGCCAUCGUCGUCUUUGACCAUACUCCUCGAAUGCAACAUACCUGUUAUCACUUUGACUCCCCCUCCUACCGAAGAGCACGGGAUCUGUGCGAGAGAGGACGCGUGCCUGUCUUCCGAUGAAGUGCCACAGGCCUCCAUCAGCCAAGAAGUGGAAUGUUAUAGUGUUACGUUCGAAAUGAUUGGCGUCAACACCGAAUCUGAGAGUAUUGUUGUCAUAUCGACCACUUCUCUCCCUCAAUGCUCUGCUCCGGAUGAGAAAUUAUCUUCAUCAAUUGCAGACCUCGCCGUCAAAUGCGACUCGACCUCUUUCGAAGAUACCAAUACCAAUGAAUGGGGCGUAAUUGUCAAGUCAGCUUCCUCACUCUCGUCGUCCAUCUCGUGGGACCCAGAGCUUUCCCAAUCGAUUCAAUGUCUUGGUAUCUGGAUUGAAAAGCAAUGCAUCACCAAACAGAGAAAGACCUCUACAUGUGAUGAUGAGAAAGCCACGAAUACCCAUUUCCAGUUGCUCUAUGGUGACGAUGCUGAGAUGAAAUGCACACAGGAGGCAGUCGACGCGGAGUACGAUCAGCAGCUGCAAGAAGAUUUUAAUCCACUCCUCACCUUGGGCUACAACACACCACUGCUGUUCAAGCCAUGUGUGCAUUACUACGAUGCAUCCAAGUCGCUUUCGGCCAACGACGAGUCAAGCCUGGCUUCAUCCGAUGACUCCACUUGUUUCUUCUCAGUGGCAUCCAGCAUGUCUGAUGAUUUGACAUGUCUCUCACCUAUUCCCGAGGUCAAAGUGGCUGCUGGAAUGCAAGACAAGGUGGCAUGGAUGUGCCCUGCAGGUGAUCCCUGCGGCCCCUUCACUCUACACGCAUGUCACGAGUCAUGGAAAGUCUAG